CCGGAAAUCAUCAUAACUGUUCACCUUAAAAAAGGAGUCCAAUGUAGCAGCAACUGGCGCUGAGGACAAAGAUAAAAGCUAAAAUCUGUUAUUUUGAUUUAUUCUGAAUUAUAUAACAUCAGCCGACUGAAUUUGGAUUUUACUUUGCGGAUUUGAAGCGAACAAACCUUCAAAAGUCUCACAGGAAUGCUAGCUGUCCUGUGGCUAGCCUCUGUUAGCAUAGAUAGUAGCUAACGCUACUUUCAUGAAUUCACUUUAAAUACAGCAGGUUGUUUUUAAUUUCUGAUUAACUUCCGCCUUAAAUGGAUGAACACAAAGAGAAUAUUCAUGCCAAGGACGUGAAUGUGAAGAUGUCAGCUACAAAAGAAGAGGAAAAGACAAAGUCCUGCAGCAGGAUAUGCCCUGCCGAAGAACCUGCUCCUCUGGUGUCCCCGUCUCAGUCCGACGGUGACUUCAGUCAUCCGGUUUACAAAGAGAUCGCUUUGGCCAACGGACACAUCAACCGCAUGACCAAGGAAGAGCUCAGAAUCAAGUUGGCAGAGCUGAAGCUCGACACGAGAGGAGUGAAGGAUGUGAUGAAGAAGAGGUUGAAGAGCCACUAUAAGAAGCAGAAGCUGAUGCAGUCUGCAGCUGAGGGAGGACCCACUGACACCUACUAUGACUACAUCUGUGUGGUGGACUUUGAAGCCACUUGUGAAGAGGAUAAUCCAUCAGACUUCCUCCAUGAAAUCAUAGAGUUCCCUAUGGUUCUCAUCAACACACACACUUUAGAAAUUGUGGACACCUUUCAGGAAUACGUAAAACCUGAGUUGAACCCACAGCUUUCAGACUUCUGUGUAAAGUUAACAGGAAUCACACAGAAAAUGGUUGACGAAGCAGACUCGUUCCCAGAGGUCCUUCAGCGAGUCGUCGAUUGGCUUCAGGAGAGAGAGCUCGGAACGAAAUACAAAUAUGCCAUCCUGACUGAUGGGGCCUGGGAUAUGAGCAAGUUCCUCAACAUCCAGUGUCGUAUCAGCCGCAUCAGAUAUCCUCAGUUUGCAAAGAAGUGGAUAAACAUAAGGAAGUCAUAUGGAAACUUCUACAAGGUGCCCCGCACGCAGACGAAGCUGAGCACCAUGCUGCAGAAGCUGGGUCUGAAGUACGAAGGUCGCCCUCACUCCGGGCUGGACGACUCGCGCAACAUCGCCAGGAUAGCUCUCCGCAUGCUGCAGGACGGGUGCCAGCUGCGCGUCAACGAGCGCAUGCACGCCGGCCAGCUGCUCUCGGUUCCCAGCUCGGCUCCCGUGGAAGGAGCCCCGCCGCCACACGGCCCCCGAAAGCAGAGAGUAGAGCCAGACACUGAGGCCUGUUGUGACUCGUUACCCCUCCCAUGAGUUAAAGAGAAAAAAAAAUUCCAAAGCACUUUACAGUCUUUGUGUAAAGUUGUACAUUUUUAUUUUAGUGAAGGUUUUGAAUAAAAGGAGAUAAUAUUUUGAUUUCAUAUGUGAGGGUUUCUCUCUGACCACAUCUCCAUAUAUUUUUACACUGGACGUCUGAAAGCAAAGACCAUUCCAGCUUCAGCCAAAUCCAGCUGCUAAAAAUCAUAGAACAAUUUGAUGAAAAUGUCUCCCAUGACUGUGUGGAUGCAGUUUAUUUCAGCGUUUCCUCUCAACAAUACAACUCUGAAGAAAACACUGAAUAACUGCUGUUUCUGAGGCACUAAAAUGAGAAAAAAUCUUGAUCAUCUGCAGCUUUUAAACCCCACAUCUGUCUGAAGAUUGUGCUACUGUUAUAACCACAUGACAUCUUCACGAAUGCUGCUACACCUGUGCUGUUACCUAAUAACAGAGCCAUAACAUCACACUGCCACUUUUCCAGAGCGAGUUAUAGGUUUGAAAACAGUCCUGUGGACUUUCAUUGUUUGUAUUGUCUCAGAUUGUGAGACACAGCUGAAGACAUUUAUCUGUUAGUUCUGUGAGUUAAACCUGUGUUGUAGGACUGUGUCGGCCCCUUUUUGUGUGGGGUUCAUCUUUAUUUCUCGGAGCUUGAUCUAUUUUAACAGGGAUAAAUAUUCUUCUGAAUGCUGAGUAAUACAAAUAAAAUGUUUCCUCUUGUA